AUGAGUCAUUUUGCUCAGAGGAAUGACUGUUGCCAUAAUGUAAAGGAUGAUGUGCUGAAUGACAAUAUGACCUUCCAGAAUGUGGCAGUAGGACUGAUGUUCUUAUCACUGCUUGCUGUUGGAAUUCUGGGAAAUUUCUCUCUGUUUUAUUAUUAUUUAGUCCUUUCCUGCAAUGACUGUACAGUAAGGUACACAGAUAUGAUUCUCAAGCACCUAAUUAUAGCCAAUUCCUUGGUCAUUCUCUCUAAAGGAAUUCCCCAGACAAUCACAGCUUUUGGAUUGAAGCAUUUUCUCAAUGACCUUGGAUGCAAACUUAUUUUGUACAUUCAGCGAGUGGGCAGGAGUGUGUCCAUUGUCAUCACCUGCCUCUUGAGUGUCUUCCAGAACAUCACCAUCAGCCCCAUGAACUCCUGUUGGCAGGAUCUCAAAGGAAAAGCUCCCAAGUACAUUGGCUUCUCCAUUUCCCUCUGCUGGAUCCUGUACAUGGUGGUGAAUUCCAUUUUUCCUCUCUAUAUGCUCAGCAAAUGGAGUAGUGAAAACCUGACAGAGAAAAGAGAUUUUGGGUACUGUGCUUCUGCAGGUCGUGACAAAAUAACCAACUCGUUAUAUGCAGCCUUAUUUGUAUUUCCUGAAGUUGUCUUUUCCAUGCUCAUGAUCUGGUCCAGUGGCUCCAUGGUUCUCCUUCUGAACAGGCACAAGCAGAGGGUUCAGCACAUUCACAGCAUCAAAGUUUCCCCCAGAACCUCCCCUGAGUCCAGAGCCACCCAGAGAAUCCUUGUCCUGGUGGGCACCUUUGUGACUUUCCACACCCUCCCCUCCCUAUUGAACGUUCAUAUUGCUCUAUUUUCCAUCCCCACAGGGUGGCUGGUGGACACCAAUGACCUAAUAGCAGUGUGUUUCCCCACUGUCAGCCCCUUUAUUCUCAUGAGCCGUGAGUCCACUGUAUCCACUUUAUCCAGGCUCUUCUUCAUCCGCAUAAAGAAUACAAAGUCCUGCUGGGUACUGUGGCAUGUGCAUGAAACCCCAGCAACUCGGGGAGCUAAGACAGGAGCAUCCCAACUUAAAGGCCAGCCUCAUCAAGUUAGUAAGUCCCUGUCUUAG